CUACACAGAAGUACACUGACAACAGUAGUGGUAGCUACUAGGCUGACUGAGCUGAAGAAGUUAAAGCACAAGCAGCUAACUGAGGCGAAAUAAGUGUAAAUAGUUGAUAAAACUGCUUUUAUACUUUCGUAAUCAAUUCUGUUGUAUAUACAUAGACAAAACAUUAGUUUCCAGCUUGACCUGUACAUCUGCAGUACCCUGAACUCUCACUGCCAGUAAUCUGAUUUGUUUCACAAUAGCGUCCUUGUGAACGAGUCUUGACUGUGAGAGAGAAAUGUUUGUGAAUGCAGGUCAGUCUCAUUGAUGUCACGCGAAAUUCAACAGUCGCACAAGCCACAGUCGGAUUCCUCUACACUCGCUGUUUGCUGACUGGAGACAAAAGACAGUUACGGGAAGGUAAUAACGGGAUUUUACAGCAUAAAACUUUCUUCAAGCAUCUGUUUGUGGAUCUAGGCAGCUGAGAUUCUCCUGUUGAAGUAAGUGGAACUAACUAAUUCUACUGUGAUUGACUCUUUGGUUUCAAAAGCCAUCAUGGUGUUGUUUGGCACUACAUUGAUUGUGGUCACGCUACUACUAUCAAUGAUGCCAAUUGUGGGAGGAAGACUGAAAAGUGAAACUCAACAAACUGGGACUCGGAUAAUGAUGUUCAACAUCCCAAACACUGAACAUAAUGAAACACAUGAGAGCUUGGAUGAUGUUUUUGUAAAUGAACCCGCUUUAAACCUGUUUAAGAGUCUAGAGUUUUAUGCUAGUGCUGAUGAAUUUUCAAGAAACCCUGUGGCUGAAACGAUUGAUGUGCAUUCAGUAGCUGAUUCCAUAUCAACCAGAACUGAAUGUGAUAAAAAUAAUUGUGAAGGUGAUAAUAUUGUACACAAGGAGCCGGAGAUGGAUGAGAAGUUGAAUAAGGUGGGAUGUGAUGGUGAAUGCAUGAUUAAUUCAAUGGAUCACACCUCGUCUGAAGCCUUGGAUGAUACCUCUAGUGGAGAUCCAGUGGUCAUCACACACCUCGGGCGAGUUCGUGGCCGUACUCUGGAUAAAGCUCAUGUGUUUUAUGGGAUUCCAUAUGCAGACCCUCCUGUGGGGGACAAACGCUGGGCUCCUCCUUCACCCGUGUCACCUUGGACGUACACUUAUGAUGCCACAUUUCCCCGUUCUGCUUGCAUGCAGGUGUGUGCUGGUGAGUUCUCUCGGAUGUGUCCUCCUAAGGUUAGCGAGGACUGCCUGUAUCUAAACGUCUUUGUUCCUGUGACCAUCAACCUGUCAUUGCCGGUAGUAACAGCACUGCCGGUGAUGGUGUGGAUUCACGGCGGUGACUUCAUCGCUGGCUCCGCCUCCAAACCUCUAUAUGAUGGCCGCUUCAUCAGUAACUAUAGCAACACAGUGGUUGUAAACAUGGAGUAUCGUCUUGGUGCGUUUGGCUUCUUAGUCACAGGCAAAGAUCCCAAGAGCUCUGCAGUGGGGAAUUAUGGGAUUCUAGACCAGCAGGCAGCACUGCGUUGGGUCCAAGAAAACAUUGCAGCUUUUGGAGGAGACCCAAAUAAGGUUACUCUGUUUAGUGAGAGCGCUGGAGCCCAAUCAGUGUGUCUUCAUCUGAUGAUGCAGAGCAGCAAGUCUUUGUUUAGACACGCAGCCAUACAGAGUUUACCGUUCUCUUUGCCACUGAAAACCAGAUUGGAUGCUAUGAAACUGGGCUGGGAUUUUACUAAACUGACUAAUUGCUCAGCAUUUGAUCUGCCCUGUCUGCGCUCUCUCAGCUCACAUGACGUGCUCAACGCCCAGGUUAAAUCAGGUUCUAAGAUCAUCAACCCCUUCCGUUUCCUGGAGGUCUUUGAGACAUGGGGGCCGUUCAUUGAUGGAGAGCUGAUCCAGGAACAGCCAAUCACAGCCUUCCAAACAGGCCACUGGCAGAGUUACAAGCCUGUUAUACUUGGUACAACCUCUGAGGAAGGCGUGACCUUUGUGUACAGCGUUUUCAACCAGUCUGUAUCAAUGCUGGAAUGUGUACUCUACACUGCUGCCAUUUUUAAGCAACAUGCGCUUAAAAUUCUGCACAAAUACAUUCCUUUCUACCGAAACCAGGACAGAAGAGUGAUGCUUUCACAAAUCGUCACGGAUUACAUGUUUCUGUGUCCGACUCGAUGUUCUGCUCGUUCUGGAGUGAGAGUCGGUGGAGCCGUUUGGUUGUAUGUAUUUGACCACGCUCCAUCUGAUCACAACAUAUGGGCGGGGCUUCCGUUCUGCUACAAUCGUACCUGCCAUGGGGCGGAGCUUCCCUUUCUCUUUGACUCCGCUCCCAGCACUAACUUCACACUUACACCUCAAGAGACCCUUCUGGCCAAUCGGAUGGCGUGUUACUGGGGAGCGUUUGCCCACACGGGGGACCCAAACUCUCGAAGUGAAAAGACACACUUCUGCUUACAGCAGAGGCUGCCUGUUUGGCCACGGUACACGGCUCCAGAGGGCUGGCCCAUCCUGAACCUGACUCUACAGUCACACCCACAGCUCGGGGACAGGGACCAUUUCUGUGACUUCUGGGAUCGGCUGGACAUCUAUUGAGGGGAGGAGAUUGAGCUGGAGGAAAGACAAAAUCAGGGCUCUAACAAUUUUGACGAACACUUUGCUAUUCAUUAACCAUUGUGCGAAUAUAUAUAUAUAUAUAUAUAUUUUUUUUUUUUUUGUUUAAUUCAAAUCACAUUUUUAGAUAUUAUCAGUGACUGGGCUAGUGUAAUAGCAAAAUAUUAUUUUUAAAGUUCAUUAUGAUUCAAAUGUUAGGAGUAAUUUUUUCAUGUUUUUGAAAUAAGUCUCUUCUUCAGCUGCAUUUAUUUGAUCAAAAAUACAGUAAAAACAGUAACAUUGAAAUAUUAUUACAAUUUUUUUAUUUAAAUUAUUACAAAUUUAAAUUGUAAACUUUUUUUUUAUUAUUAUUAAAAAUGUAUUCCUGUGAUACAAAGUUGAAUUUUCAGCAUCAUUACUCCAGUCUUCAGUGUCACAUGAAUCAUUCUAAUAUGUUGAUUCACUUUUCAAGAAACAUUUCUUAUUAUCAUCAGUGUUGAAAACAGUUGUGCUGCUUAAUAAUUUUGUGGAAACUGCAUUUUGUGAUGAACAGAAUUUUAAAAAUGUAAAGGAUGGGUUGUUUUGUGCGCUCAACAGAUGAACAGAGUGGGAAUGGAAUUUAAGGGGGAUACUUUCAAGGUUGCAAUUAAUGCAAAUCAACAUCACUAUCUCUUGGGAAAGUAUAAGGGAGUCUAUUGCAUUGACCUUCAAGAUAAGGUUGGAAACUGUUGUCGUUUGAACAAUAUUAGGUGCAGAAUCCUGGCACCACGUUGAUUACGAAACCUCAGAGAUAUUGCCAAUGAUAUCUUUUUCUGUAAUUCAAACGAAGUGCACCCAUUUGGGAGGGGGGGGCGAGCCUGGCCAGUUUGCUUUCUCUCUCACCUGGAGGGUUGUUCUUAAACGCACCUAAUUUUAAAGUAUAAAAAAGGGGGUUUCUUUCAGAAACUGGAAGCUCAGCCGUGGGAUAAGCACGCGUCACCCGGCAUUCUUGGACAAGUGUUGGUCUUCUACUGUGACUGAAACGGGCUCCCCAGUCUUUUGAAUAGUAAAGAUGAUGGCACGGUUCUGAGGUUGUUUAUUUGUUCUAAUACUUGGCUUUGGGGUUUAGUUUUAGUCUAUGCUCGAAUUUGUGUAUUAUUCACUCAUUAUUAUUAUAUUUUAUCCAUUUACUCAUGAUCAUUCUUAUAUUUUGCACUGGUUUGUGAUUAUUCUGCCUUAAACUGUUUAUUUUUGAUUAUCAUUAUUCUUUUAUGCAUUUACCAAUGAUUAUUAUUGAUAUCAGCUGUGUAUCAACAAUAAACAAUUCUACUAC